AACUAUAUACUGGUGAAGGACUAUAUACUAGUAAAAGAUUAUAUACUAAUGAAGAAGUUGGUAAUUAUGAUGAUAUUGGUGAUUAUAAAGAAGUUGGCAACAAUAUAUCAGAAUUAAGCUCAGAAAAAGAAAUGGUGUCUACUAGUUCUAAUUACUCAGAACUGUCAAUUAAUAGAUAUAGAAGAUAUUCAAACAAAACAAAAAAGGAAAAAGGAAAAGCUACAUUAAAAGCAGCACCAGUAACAAAGAAUAUAUUUGAUCUAAUAUAUCACUGGAAACAAAAAAAAACAAGAAUCUCUAAACAUCAUAACAAGACUAAUUUGUCUCAUUCAGUUGGUUCUAAUAAUGAACAAAUUUUACCUGAACAUCAAAAGGCUGAUAUACCAGAU